AUUUUUUUUUAUAUAAAUUUUUAAUUAAAAAUAACAUUAAAUAAAUCAUCGCCAAUGCGCAAACAUUUAGAUUCUAUUCGAUAACAUAAUUAUUGAUAACGUUACAAUCCAACGAUUACUAUUUAAAUAUUAUUUAUUAUCAGUGUACUUGGAAGCAAUUGUUCUAUUUAUUGGGUGUAAAUUAUUGGAGUACUGUAUAGGCUAUAUUCCAACGUCGCGGUUGAGUGUUGUACAAUUUUCUCUAACCUAAAUAAAGAGUACUAUGAGUUCAGGUAGGCCGAUCAAGUGUGUCGUGGUUGGAGAUGGGACAGUUGGAAAAACCUGUAUGUUGAUAUCUUAUACAACAGAUAGUUUUCCUGGUGAAUAUGUGCCUACUGUAUUUGAUAAUUACUCAGCACCAAUGGUAGUCGAUGGAAUUCCUAUCAGCUUAGGUCUGUGGGAUACUGCUGGACAAGAAGAUUACGAUAGAUUAAGACCAUUGUCAUAUCCACAAACAGACGUAUUUUUAAUUUGUUUCUCGGUAACAAGUCCAUCGUCAUUUGAAAAUGUUACUAGCAAGUGGUAUCCGGAAAUAAAGCACCACUGUCCUGAUGCACCUAUGAUCCUUGUUGGUACAAAGAUUGAUUUACGUGAUGACCGUGAAACGUUGACUUUACUUGCUGAACAAGGAUUAAGUGCCAUCAAGCGUGAACAAGGACAAAAAUUAGCUAAUAAGAUACGAGCAGUCAAGUACAUGGAGUGUUCAGCGUUGACGCAAAGGGGUUUAAAACAAGUUUUUGAUGAAGCAAUACGUGCCGUACUGCGACCUGAACCUCAAAAACGUCGUCAGAGAAGAUGUACCCUACUGUAAGGUACACAAGGAGUAAGCACACAAAAAACAAGUUAGCAUAUUUUAUAUCAAAAAGAGAACGAUGGUAUUAAAAAUUUUCAAUUAUUUGAUCGAUAUUAGAAACAACAAAGAAUAAUUAUACAAUUUUUUUAAGAGCUUAACGCAUUAUUUAAUUUGAAUUAAAUUCGGCAGCUAUUUCUAAUUGAUUCAUCUUAGUUUAAUAAACAGUUGAUAAUUCAAUAUUAUUAAUAUUUUAUAAAAAUGAUAUUAAUAUACGAUUUUAAAUCGUUCAGGUAUAUAUCUUAUUAAUUUAGUUUAGGCAUUAAAGCACAUAGAACUGGAUAAAAGUUUAUUAUAGUCAAUUUUUUACUAUACUUUACACAAUGAUAUUCAGAAUCUCGCGUUAUUUAUUUAAUGAACUAUUAAAUAUGAGUUUCGUAUACAACGAAACUAAUAUAUUAAAUAUAUUUAUACGACGCUUGAAAUCGAUUGAUAGUUCACUAGAAUUUGUUUGAUAUGUUACUUUUUUUUCAAUGCGACCAUAAGUUGAAGUUUUUUAUAUAUACAGACGACGAACUCAAAUCUUAUCCUUAUUACUAGGUGCCAUAACAAUGAAGAAAAAAAAAUCAAACAUUAAAUGUCUUGAAUUGGUAUUCAACGAUAUUAUUUAUUACUUACAUAUAAAGUGAAUUGAAAGAGAAAAUUCUACUUAGAACAUUGAUUUUGUAUAAAAAAAAAAACACAAAAAGAAAAAAAAAGACUGUAUUUGGAUGAGCAUAACUGCCAUGUAAUGUAUAUUAGAAAAUCAUACAAAUCAAAUGACUACUACAACGUAAAUAAUUCUUGUCAAUAAGAUAUCUUGACACUUCUCAAACCAUUUAAAAUUUUAUAUUAUUAAUUAUUACUUAAGCACCAUAAAAAAAUACCUCGAACAAUUUGAGAUUACGACUAUUAUAAAUAACUAACUUUAUAGAUAUUAAUUUCAAAAUAUUAUGUCUUGAGACAAUCUCUCGUUGGGUUUUGCAUCUAAGAUUUAACUAAAACAACGAUUAAAUUCUAAAUUAUAAGUAAAUUAUUUGUAUUUUUUCAACAGUACUAAUAAUUUACGUUUAGAUACAACGAUUUGGAGAACAUUUUCGUUUAAUAGUUAAUCUUAUUUAAUAAUCUUUCAAUGGUCUUUGUUAGAACCCGAGCUCAGACAUUAUAUUAUUGUUACAAAAAAACAUAAAAAUGAAAAAAAGAAAAAACAAUAACUUAAAUACAAAGUGUAUUGACGAAGAAAGCUCGAGAUAGUUUUUCAGGUACCUUAUAAUUAAUAGUAAUCUAAUACACCUGUAAUGCGGACAUACUAUUUUUUAUAUUUAAAACAAAAAAAUAGAAGUAAAUCAAGUGAAAAAACUUAUAGAAGCAAACAUUAAAAAGACUACUGUGUCCUAAAUGUUUGUCUUGAUCAAAUAUGAAAUAAAAUCUAAAAUGCUGCUUAUGUAUAAACAUAAAAUCAAAUUAAAAAUCGAAAAUUUCAUUAUAAAGAUGAAAAAAAGAGUUAAAAAAAAUUAAAUAACAAAAAUAAUAUUAUAAAGACAACUCAUUAAGGCACAAUGAUGCUUUCUAAAUGUAUAUAAUGUAGCAUAGAAAAUGUGUAUACUGAAUUCCAAUAUGUUUAAUCAAUAUUUCAUCGGCUGUUACUAAUGUUUCAAUUGAAAAAUAACA